AUGCCCAGCCCCCAACCCUGUUCAGCCGCGUGUCUGCCAUGUGGUGUGGAUGUGCUGAAAACGGGCACGGCUUUUGGCAGCCGAAGGCCUGGUCGAUCCACUCACAGUCAUUCAUUUUCGAAGGAGUUAUGGGUGGAAUGGCACGAUGCUAUGACUAUCCUAGUACUUUCGGAGAAGAUGGAAGGUUUGGAAGGAAAUACCGUGGACUGUGGGUGUUGUCCGUUUGCGAAGAGAGCUCGUGUUGGUACGGAGCUGCCGUCGGGUCAAACAAGACUGGACAAUUCUACGGUGAAAGACGAACGAAGAAGAGAAGAUGGGUUGGGCCGCAAAAGGGUGUUUGGCACUAGCAAGACGUCCGGGGCAAAGCUGGAGCAUGCUCGCCGGCCGAACAAGGGCCUCGGAAAUGAGCGAUAG